UUGAAGUGCUCUCGAGUCUCCUAAGAAGAACCCCCCCUAAACCUGCUUUCCCCGAUCCUGUCAGAACCAGGUCAGUGCUUCCACCUGCCCUUUUGUGGUAGUGCCUUUGCCUCGGCGGCUUGGGCUUCUCCCUUUGGUGGCUGGCCUCCAGCUAGGAUGCAUGCUCGCUCGCUCCUCGUUCCCCAAUCUCCCGUCCCGUCCUUAUAAUCAAUCGGUCCUCUUCAUGAGCCGGUUGAUAUAAUCCGGUCUAGCGCGAAAGCGCUGAUCAUGCCAGUGUCCACCAUGGACGUUUGUUCAGCCAACUAACGCAAUACACACACACAUAGUCUUGUUGUGACGACCGGCUCAGCCCGGCCCCCGGCAUCACCAUGCCCGCUGUCCAUGGGGACUUGAUAGCCACCGUGAUACCUACAGAUGAGGAGCUACCCAUCGAUAUUAUUCCGCGGCAGGUGACCCUCAGAGAUCGGGUCACGGUUGCCACAUUGAUCCCCUUCAGAUCGGCGGAUAGCGUGCCGCGAUCCCUGCUGGCUUACCUGUCAGAUCAACUUAACAAGGAGAUCGAAGGCGGCGAUACCUAUGCCAUGAUCGAUCCUAUCCCCUUAGAGCAGUUCGGGUCGUAUUGGUUCUCCAACUUCGGCGCGAUCAUGCUUCUAGGGGAUAUCAAAAGCGUGCAGGAGGUUCACAUUUUGGGCAGGGGCCGAGCCAGCUGGUCGAAGAUAUGCCUUGGCAGCUUCAAUAUCAGACCCAACUAUCCCGGCCGUAGUAGUCAUGUCUGUAACGGCAUGUUUCUUGUCACAGAUGCUGCUCGGAAUAAAGGUGUAGGACGACUGAUGGGUGAAGGCUAUCUCGAGUGGGCCCCUAAGAUGGGGUACACAUAUGCCGUCUUUAAUUUGGUCUAUGAGAGUAAUGUGGCUUCAUGUCGCCUUUGGGAUGCUUUGGGCUUCAAGCGGAUUGGUAGAGUGCCGGGGGGUGGUAGGCUUAUCUCUAAUCCGGGACAGUAUGUAGACGCUAUCAUCUACGGCCGAGAUCUGGGCCCUGACGGGAAAGACUCCGUCACGCAAGAUCGCUUCGAUAAAAUCCGAUAUUAUCUCAAGCACUCCAAAUACCCCAGGGGAGCCGAUCGGGCCGAAAAGAGUCGGCUUCGGAGUGCCGCCACCCACUACAAGCUUGUGAGAGAGACGGAUGGCGAUCGGGAGAAACUAAUGCUGAAGGACAAGGAGGUCGUGUCGGACCCGCAGCAGCAAUAUGAUAUCGCCCGGCAUAUGCAUCUGCUGCAACACGCAGGCAUCAAUAAAACCACGGCGGCCAUCGCAGUCAAAUACCAUUGGGUGAGGAUCAAAGAAACCGUCAGUCGAGUGAUCCGGGAUUGUCCCCAAUGUAAAGAGACUCUCAAGCCGCCUCUAGUUAACGGCAUCAUGCACGAAGACACGCCCGAAGAUGACGACGAAGACGAGGAUGAAUUAGGGAUCCAGGAGGAGGAUCUCACGGAGAACAAUACUAAUUUACCGCCUGACGAUACUAUGUUGAUGGAACACGCGACUCUUAACACGCAUCAUACGCAGAACCCAUUUGUGACCGCGCACUCGGUCAUGCAAGGGGCAGUAGACUCAAUAACCGACUACACGGGCAUGCCCCUCGACCCGCAAAUCAUUGAUAUUCAACAACUUCCUCAGUUCCACCCCCACGACGCAAUGUCGGAUUCUUAUACUCACGGCACCCACAGCUUGCACCCUUCAAGCUUCGACAACGAUGUCCGACAUCAUGCAGCUCAUGAGUACCAUAUGAUGGUCGAUGAUCCCAUUAAUCCGGAUCCAUCCGCCACUCUUCAUCAAGAAGCGCUGGGGUUGGUGCAUUCCCAAGCACACGACGUCCACCACGAGCAGAUCCUGGCCAAGUAUCAAUAUGUGGGUCAGACCGAUGAUGACCUGGAUUUUGCAUAACCUCUUUUACUGUAAAUACCUCUCUCUCUCUCUCUCUCUACUGUUUCCCUCGAAGGCAUGGUAGUUUCCUUCUCCCCAUGGCUUUUUCUCGGUUCUAUUGUUUGUCUGCAUCAUCUUGGGCGUUGCGUGGGUCAGUCAGGGCUUUGCUUGCACUUGCAUGGUUUCCACAACCCCCAAGUGGCCGCGGUAUUACAGGUUACGGAAUGACUUCAGAUAGACAUGAGGAAAUGCGGGGAACGGACCGCUACCUGAAACAUAGAUAUAUA